AUGGCGGUUCCAGUUGACACCACCCAGGCGUCGAAGAAGGCAGACGAGAAGCGCCAGCGGAAUGCCAAGGCUUCCACUCGGCAUCGCAGAAAGAAGAAGAAUAUCCAGGAGGAGAAUAUCCGCUUGCUUCAGGACCUCAAAGACGACCAAGAGGCAAUGGCUGAGCAGAUGGAAAAUCUGACCCGCCAGCGUGACUUUUACCGUGAAGAGCGCAACCGCCUCAGAGAGAUUGUCCUCCGCACGCCCGCGAUCAGCCAGCAUGCUUCCGGACCGCCGAGCCCAGGCUCAAGGAGUGGCGUCAACUCGUACGCGGAUCACAGCCCUAUGGGAGGGAAACCGCGCCCCUUACAUACGCCGUCGCAGGGUUAUAUCAGCGAAGCAUCGUCUGUCGAACGGCCAGCGCAGCGGCGGAGAACUGACGAGCACUCAGAGUACGCGGCCAACUACUCUACGCAUCCGGGGCCCCCCGCGACGACACUGCCGCCUAUGCAUUCACACGUACAAACCAUGCCUCCUCGACCCAUGACGGCUCUUCCACCACUGAGGGCCAUGGACGGGCCGCCUCCUCCCCACGAGAUGCACUCGGGACAUGCUACGCACGAGAGGGACCCGGUCACGGGGGACUGGCGAGUCGCGCCGCCACGGCCUUACGAGACUGGCUGGGCUACCACUCGAAAUGUCGACGGUCAUCCACGAUAA